UGUUAUGAUUUUCUCUUCACGUCAAGUUGGAAAAUAGUGAAAUACACACACAUAUGCGUAAUGAUGUCAUCCUGAAUUGAAAUCUUUCCCACAAUGAUUGAUCGGAGUCGUAGCGCGAAAUAAUAGAAACCUCGAUUUUAUGAUUUUCUGCGCAAUUGGAUGGACUCGAUGAGCAUAAUUCACAGUAAUUCAAUUAUCCUCGGCGACAAUGACGAGGGCCUCGUGUGUGUCAUAUUCCGGAGACUCCAGUGCGUUCCAUUUUGUCAUUGAUGUGGCUGGAGCGGUUUGUAAAUAGAAAAACAGUCGUUUUUACUGGAAUUAUUCGGAGAGGAUUGACAUGGCAACAGUCAAAGUCACCGAGCAGAAAGUCAUUCUCUGCGGGGAAUACGGAGUUGGAAAGUCCUCGAUAUUUCGGCGAUUCGCUAAUAAUACUUUUGUGUCCAAUAGUGAUAGGAAAUCAACACUGGGACUCGAUAAUAUUGAUAAGGAGUAUGCUGUUGAUGACAGGAGGAUAAAGCUUCAACUAUGGGACACCGGAGGCAUGGAGAGAGUGGCAUCAGUCACCUCGAGCUAUUACAAAUUCGCAGAGGCAGCUAUUCUAGUUUUCGCUCUGGAUAAUUCCACCUCGUUUCAUCUCCUGUCCCAGCAUCUGCUGGAUAUCGUGACGUAUGCGGAGAAUGCCAAGAUAUUCUUGUGCGGAAAUAAGAGUGAUGUUGAUAAUAAUGGACCGCAGGUCACUGAUGCCGAGAUGGAUCAGUUCUGUGAACAAUGCCAUAACUUGAUAUCAGCGACUUACAAAACGUCCUGCAAGACUGGCGAGGGCAUAAACGAAAUGUUCGAGGAUAUAGCCCAGCACUUGGUAGAAGCAAACAGAUCUCGAAUGGGUCUCCACGAGAUGGACGAGGACCACUUCAAAAUAUCCUACGAAGAAACCAACGACCCCACCUGUAUGUGCUGAGACCCAUUACUGCACAUUUUUUAAACUCACGACACUGACCUUUGGGUGCCAGAAACCACGAAAGACUAAUUUUGUUUACAAUCACGUGCUUGACGUAGUCCAACAAUGUGCUAAUUAUUUACUUAGUUAUUUUUUUAAUCAUCAAGACUGCCGAGAAAGGAAGGUGCCACUGAAUUUCGAAUGAUAUAGAUUUUUAUUGAGUGAAGAAAAAUUAUACAACUCGGAAUUUUACAGGACAUUCUGGUAUUUAAAAAAAUCAUCGAUAACUCGAGAUGCAUUUCUAGAGUUAUCGGAGAUUCAGAGAAUUCCGUUGUGUUUUGUUUUCGUACUGUUAGUGCUCAUACGAAAUUAUUGUAACAAUGAGUCACUGAGAUGAUUUCGAUACUCAGCAGAAUCAGUGCUGAGUCCAUUUAAUGGUCUUCAGAUCGAUGCCAUCCUCCACCAUUUCCCAGAGUGGACUGAAACAUUUUUUAAUGAGCAUUGAAUAAUGAUUCUAGUUUUUUCAAGAGGAAAAAAUUGAAAUAUUGAUUGAUGAGGUCAAUAAGAAGAUUUUCUCAUCAAGAAUCAUCGAGACGAGCAUUACUGUAUGGAUUAAUUGAUGACCAUAUCCCAAUGUGACUAAAACAUUUUUUAAUGAACAUGAAAAACUGAACAAUUAUUCUAGUUUGAAUAAUAAAUAUUGAGAUAUUAACUGACA